CAACGGCUAAUUUCAUACCGUUGUAUUAGACUAGGAUAAUCCGUUGUAUUACACUAAAACAGGGCUAAUACAACGGUUUAUACUAACCGUUGUAUUAGAUAUACUAAUCUGUUGUAUUAGAUGAGCUAAUCCAACAGAUUAUUCUUCUAACACAACGGAUAGUGUUCCCGAAUUUUUUUUUUUUUUUUAUAUUUCAAUUGGAGCUAAUCCAACGGAUCAGCCACAAAAAAUAAAAAAAGGAAAAAAGAAUAAGACCUAAUACAACGGAUGAGUAAAAAAAAAAAAACCGGGAAAUGCUGAAAUAUUAGAGCCAAAAAUGAAAUUGAAACCCCUUUUCCAAACUUCUCAUCAGUCUUCCUUUGUUCUCCUCCCUAGCUCGCUGCUGCUCCUUCCUUCGUUCUCCUCCCUCGCCGCCGCUGCUUCGUUCUCCUCCUUCGCCGCCGCUGCUUCGUGCUCGAAUCUCUAUUUAAGAAAUGAGUUAGAUGAAUUGAUCUUAGGUGCACUGAUGAACUACAACAUUCUCUAUCUUAAAAUUGGAAUCUUGAAGCUAUUUCUUGUCAGGUACUUUCUACCAGAUGAAGGAGAGUAAAGCAAAAGCUUCUGAUUCCCAAAGUCAGCUUUUAGACUAUGAGUUACAAAGGCUCCGAAAAUUGAAGUAUAAUGCUGAAAGAAUGUCAGCCCAAGGAUCGGGAUCCUUGGCGAAUAAGAUACUGCAACAAAAAACACGCGACAUACUUUGUUCGAGUGUGAGGCAGAGUGUGAGGCAGACAGAUGAUGGCUCCUCAGGAGAUUCUGAUAUGGAACAGGAAACUCUUGGUACCGGAAAAAGACAAGUAUGUGAAAAGGUCUCUUCUCAACAACAUCCAGUUCCUGCACGGGAAAUUCAAAGGAAGCAGCAAGAACAGCAAUUGGGGUUAACAAAGGCAUCUGUGAAGAAAAGAGAGUUCUGUUCUCCUGGCUCAAUGUCAGCGUACCUCGAGUUUCGGAAACGACAAAAAGAUGAAGCGCUGAUGAUGAGCAGUGAGGUGCCUGAACAAGGGAAAAAUUAUGAUGAUGAGCAGCUGAAUGAGACCGCUGAUGCUCUUCAGGAAGAUUGUGAGGGCAAUGAAGCAGCGGACCGAGCAGUUGUAGCACAGUUUGGAAUGGAAGAAACAUCAAGUGAAUUGUCCUUGAAAAGGAAAAAACGAGGUCGAACAAUGGUCCAAAGAGUUCACGCACGUUCACGAGAGGAGCGUCCUGUGAUUGUUCUGAACUCAUUAGGUCAGCCAGUUGGACCUACAAAGGAGAUUGUGCAAGAGUUCAAGUUUUUUUUGGGAACGGGGGCAAGGGAUUCCGAACUUGCACCGCUUAACUACAGAAAUUUUCCAAGCCUACCGACACUUGAUAAGAUAUUGGAUUAUGUCCAGGAAAAGUAUAUGGUCCCCCAUGCCGGGUUUAAUUGGGUGAUGGAUGCUAUAAAUAGUUGUUGGAAAUAUUACAAAUGCCAAAUCAAGAAGAAACACUUCUAUGCAUAUGAUACGGAUGAUUUAAGGUGGAAACAUAAACCAGAUACAAUCUCCGAACAGAUGUUCCAAGAUCUUCUACAAUAUUGGCAUACCGAUGAGGCGAAGCAAUUAGCGACAGCAACAAUGGCAAUCGUCUAAUGUUAGAUGAUAUGCAUACUUUGGGACGCAAAUCAUAUGCUAUUUUACGCCAUGAGUUG